ACCCCCUCUCCGGUCUCCCCGCCGCCCCGGUGUCCCCUGGCGCAGGCGCAGAACGGUGCUGGCGGCGGCGGUGGCGGCAUGGGGCGGGCGGCGGUGGGCCUGUGUUCCCUGGCGGUGGUCGCCGUGUGGUGGCUGGAGCUCGCCGCUGCGGGCCAGCAGGCAGAUGCCAAAUGGAAAACGAUAACUGACCAAAUUAAGAAAGCUGUGGAAGACUAUAAGCCGUGUGUAAAGGAGAACUGCAGCUGCCACCGAAGUGUCUGGAAGCAGGACCUGGCUCCUUUUCAAAGUGGCAUUUCCAAGGAGAUAAUAUCAGAUGUGGUGAACCGAAAGCUUGGGACACACUACCAAAUCAUUAAGAACAAAUUGUAUCGUGAGCAGGACUGCUUCUUCCCUGCAAGAUGCAGUGGAGUAGAGCACUUCAUUCUGGGGAUUAUCAGCCGCCUCCCUGACAUGGAAAUGGUGAUCAAUGUGCGAGACUAUCCCCAGGUCCCCAAGUGGAUGAAACCCCUUAUCCCAGUCUUCUCGUUCAGUAAGACACCUGAAUACAAUGAUAUUAUGUAUCCUGCCUGGACAUUUUGGGAAGGAGGACCAGCUGUUUGGCCAAUUUACCCAACAGGUUUAGGGCGCUGGGACCUCAUGAGAGAGGACCUCAGAAGAUCUGCAGAAAAAUGGCCAUGGAUGAAAAAAAUCUCUAAAGGAUAUUUCCGGGGAUCCAGAACAAGCCCCGAGAGAGAUCCCCUCAUUCUGCUGUCCCGAGAAAACCCAGAACUUGUUGAUGCAGAGUACACUAAAAAUCAGGCUUGGAAAUCUGAGAAGGACACAUUAGGGAAGCCUCCUGCAAAGGAAAUUCCACUGGUUGAUCACUGCAAAUACAAGUAUCUGUUUAAUUUCCGGGGUGUGGCUGCCAGUUUCCGACUGAAACAUCUCUUCUUGUGUGGUUCACUCGUCUUUCACGUGGGAGAAGAGUGGUUGGAGUUCUUCUACCCCCAGCUGAAGCCGUGGGUCCACUACAUCCCAGUCAGAUCAGACCUUUCUGAUGUCAGGGAGCUGUUGCAAUUUGUAAAAGAAAAUGAUGCCAUAGCACAAGAAAUUUCAGAGAGGGGACGCCAAUUCAUCACUGAGCACUUGCAGAUGGAGGACGUCUCUUGCUACUGGGAGCAUCUGCUGUCUGAGUAUUCCCAAGUCUUGACUUACAAAGUGAAAAGGAGGAAGAGCUACAGUGAGAUCACUUCUCAAUGGCUGAAAACAGAACUGUAGAGCCUUCUCUGUUUUUCUUUUUAGCUCAUACUAAUCUCUGUGGAAAUCUGAAGAUCAGUGUAUCUUCUUUCUUGUUCUCUCAGACUUCUUAUUCUUCACGCUUGAACUACAGAGAACAGCAAUAGGCUGAUGUGGAAAUUGCUCCCAUGCAGUGGGAUGCAGUGAUACUGUAGCCAAGAAAACAUAAGGUAGAAUGUUGAAUUAUGGCUAUUUAAUGGGGUAGUUAUGGUCGUGCCCGCAAAAGAGGGUUGUUAGCAUUUGGGACUUAGUUACUACCUGUCUCAGAAUUAUCCUAAAUCCCACUGAGUCAGUGAGAAGCCUUUCAGUUAAUUUUACUAGACUUUUUACCAAGUCCUCUAUAGUCAUGAGCAAGGUACACAGGCCAUCAGCUAUGCUCAGCUGGGAGUUCCAUGUCUAUUUUUGGCACAUGGCCAGUGUUUUCUCACCAGUGUGACAGUAUUGGGAUAUUACGUGUUCUCUGACAGAAGCAGGUACUAGGAUUUGGGGUAAUGUUUUUGGAUAGCUUAGAGCUUAGUUUUCUGACGUUUAUGUCAGAUUUUUAGAGAGAUUGACAGUGAGGCUUUGAUGUACCACUGAAAGAACAAAUGGUCCUUGUACAGGUAAACUACCUACCUCACAGAGGAGCAGCUGGUGAUGAUGAUGUUGCUCAGUGCUGAGCCUGUGUAGCUGAUAGCCAAGCAGUUGGCAACUCCAAUAAAGAUGGUUCAUACUCAGACAGAUGAGCUGGGUGCCCACACAGCCCUCAGAGCUGGACACCUGUAGGCAGGCUUUCACUGGUCCCUUUGCCAGACAUCCCCAAGAAUCUAGAGAACACAAGAGGUGGAGUCAGCUUUUCUUUUUUCAGAUAUUCACAGGUGCUCUGCUCUGAUCCCUUUCUGUCGUCUUUCUAGGUGUUUGGUCUUUUGAGGCUGGUGACAUGGCUGCUCAUGUGUGUAUGUGCUUUUCUUUCCCACUGCUGUAACAUUCCCAUUCUCUUGUCUGGUUGAGGGAAUGUCUUCAGCCACACAGCAGCAGCUCCCCCUCACUCCUCACAUGACUGGUGCUGAAUGCAGCCACGGGCUGCUUGUGCUGACUGUCUGUGUGCCCACCUUGGGCUGCUCAGCCUGGAGGGAGUUUAAUUCCUCAAGUGUUCUGUGGCCCCUGAGCUGAGAGUCCUGUUAGGAAGCUGCAUCUUCUCUGCUGCUCAUAAGAGUAUGGGCAGCAGCACAUGAUCCCAGGAGGAAUGCUGCCUCCCAGGUGAACAGCCUUGAUGGUAAAGCAGCCUCAAGAUGUAGGAUGCAUCACAUUAAUGGAAUAGUAUGACAGCAGCAGCUCACAGUCUCCUCUGCAGUCAGUCUGGAUUAGAGAAGAAGAAUAAGGAACAAUUGGUCCUAAAUGCAGUUCCAUACGUGUGUGCUCACCCAGAGGCCUUGCAGCACUGCUAAGCAAGUCCUGAGACAUGGAUGUGUCUUCCAGAGCAGCACACUGGUUACAUGAGCAGUGCUUGGGUUAUCCCUGCCUGUGAAUGAAACAAAUCAGGGCAAUAAAAUAGCCCAUGUUCUGAGGAAAAGAACUGUGCAAGAGUAUGAGGUGUUUUUUUGAUUUCUACUUUUAGUCAGUGGAGAGACAGCACUCUUUAGAAACUGAAACAGCUCUGUACAGAUAUUUUUAAACUUUUUAAUAAAAUGCUUUG